CACAUUCGAAAACAGAUGCCAUGUGUUGAGGUGUGAGAUUUGUUGUGGAGUUGCCAGUGUACAUGUUUAAGCGAAGUGCUUUAUCUGAACUGAAAUGUGAUUCAUUUUAAGUGCAAGGUGUAAAGUUAUUGACGUAGAGAAUCGUGCUUUGAUUAAUUAGAUUUACGUGUCAAAAUGAGUGGUGGAUAUAUUGAUGCAAGUAGUGUUAUUUUCUCCUUAUACUCAUCGGAGGAUGUAAGAAAAUUGAGUGUUCUUCAAAUUACUAACCCAAAUUCAUUUAAUUUGUUGGGACAUCCACUGCAAGGCAGCCUUUAUGAUCCAGCUUUGGGUCCUGUACAUGAGAAAGCUGGACCCUGUGCAACGUGCCUGAGAAAUGUUUUCAACUGUCCAGGACAUUUCGGUUAUAUAGAACUACCUUUGCCCGUAGUCAAUCCAUUGUUCAGCAAAAUGAUUUAUCAGGUUUUAAGAAUGUCUUGUCUUUCAUGCCAUGCUCUUCAGAUUCAAGGUUCUGUGAGAUACACACUCAUUGCACAACUUAGGCUCUUGGAUGCUGGUUUCAUCACAGAAUGUCAAGAGCUGGAGACACAGCUGAGCAUGGGUCUUGAUACAAAAGAGUCAACUAGUGGAGUGAGCCAUGAUGUGAUGGUGAAAGAAAAAAUUGAAAACUAUGUGGAGAAUGUUUUGUCAGGUGAAAAAAAAGUAGGUAGUAAAAAGAGUAAAAAUGUUGAAGCGAUAAGAAAUAGUUAUCUUCAAGCUGUAGCGACUAAUGUGAAGUCGAACAAAUGCAUUUCUUGUCAAGCACCAAUUAGGAGGAUUAUUUAUAUCCAUCGACGAUUUAUGACAACAGUGCAAAAGGUUGAUGUUGCUCCAAAAUUUGUCGCGAAAGGAGAGCUUGCAGAUGUGAGAGAAAGAGGAAAAUCAAACAUAGUCAUGAUGAUGCCUGAUGAAUGCAGGACACAUCUACGAGAGAUCUGGGUUGAAGGACAAGAUUUCAUCACAGCAGUAAUUCCAGCUCUCAAAGACUCAGCAUUACUUCACCCUACUGACAAUUUGUUCAUUGAUGUGGUACCAGUUCCACCACCAAAAACAAGACCUGUGAAUAUUGUUGACGGAAGAAAAGUCGAACACCCUCAGUCUCAAUCCUACAAACGUAUUUUACAAGACUGUGUAAUCUUAAAAUACAUCAUAAAAUUAAAACUAAGUGGAAAUACCAAUGAUCUGCCUGAAGAUGGAAAGGCAUUAGUACAAGAACUGGAAGGAAAUACUGACAGUGAAAAGCUCCAUAAUGCCUGGAAAACUCUUCAGCAGCACGUUGAUGAAUUGGUUGAUUCGGAUCUUGCUCGUUCUACAGAGAAGAAUCUUAUUGGACUAAAGCAGAUCAUUGAGAAGAAAGAAGGCAUUAUACGAAUGCAUAUGAUGGGCAAGAGAGUCAAUUUCGCAGCUCGUUCUGUAAUUACUCCAGAUCCUAACUUAGAUGUAGAUGAAAUUGGUGUUCCUGAAAGGUUUGCUAUGACAUUGACAUAUCCAGUACCAGUAACAGCAUGGAAUGCCAAUCAUUUACGGAUGCUUAUUACAAGAGGACCUGCUGUACAUCCUGGUGCUGUUUCUGUAGAACAUGAGGAUGGCUCCAUAAGCAGAAUCAGUGCUCAAGACGCAGCACAACGUGAAAAUAUAGCAAAACGUCUGCUAACACCGGUUGAAAAAUCUGGCUCAUUCAAAGGUGUAAAAUAUGUGCACAGGCAUCUGCACAAUGGUGACAUUCUUCUCAUGAACCGUCAACCAACAUUGCACAGGCCUAGUAUAAUGGCACAUAAAGCCCGUGUUUUGAAGAGGGAAAAAACAUUUAGAUUACAUUACAGUAAUUGUAAGGCCUACAACGCUGACUUUGAUGGUGAUGAAAUGAAUGCACAUUUUCCACAAAAUGAACUAGCUCGCAGUGAAGCCUACAAUUUAGCCAGUGUACCUCAUCAGUAUCUUGUGCCUAAAGAUGGCUCACCAUUGGCUGGAUUGAUACAGGACCAUAUUAUUGCUGGUGUGAAAUUAUCCUUGAGAGGAAGAUUUUUUACCAGAGAGGAUUAUUGUCAAAUGGUGUAUCAAGCAUUUCCUCGUAUAGCAUCAGAAAUCAAGCUGCUGCCUCCAGCAAUAAUUAAACCGAUACCUCUUUGGUCUGGCAAACAGAUAUUCUCAACAAUCAUCAUGAAUAGUACCCCAAAGGGAAGGCCAUCUAUUUAUCUGGAGUCUACAGCAAAAAUUGGUGCUAAGGCUUGGCAAAGUGUAAAACCAAGACGAUGGAAAGCUGGAGGUACUGAGUUUACGAACCCAGUUGUUAUGUCAGAAUCGGAAGUAGUGAUACAUAAUGGUGAACUGCUGUCUGGAGUGCUUGACAAAACACAUUAUGGUGCAUCAAGAUAUGGCCUUGUCCAUUGUGUUUAUGAGUUGUAUGGCGGUGUAUGUGCAAGUAAGCUACUUAGCUCCUUUACCAAACUGUUUACAUCAUUUAUGCAAAGGGAAGGCUUCACACUAGGCAUUGAAGACAUCUUAGUUGUAGAGGAUGCAGACAGGCAAAGGACGGCCAUCAUACAAGAAUGCAGAAAGGUUGGUUUAAAAGCUGUAGCAGCAGCACUUAACAUUACUGAUGAAGAGCCAGACAAAGAAGAGGUGAAAGAAAAGCUUCUUAAAGUUUAUGGAGAUCGAAAUGCUAAAUGGAGAACACUUAUUGACAGAGCUUAUAAACGUCAGUUGGAUAACUUCACAAACAACAUCAACGGGGCAUGUCUUCCAUCAGGUUUGCUUCAGAAGUUUCCCAUGAAUAACUUGCAGUUAAUGGUGCAGUCGGGUGCCAAAGGAUCCACAGUAAAUACUAUGCAAAUUUCAUGUCUUCUGGGACAGAUAGAAUUGGAAGGAAAGCGUCCGCCAUUAAUGGUGUCAGGAAAGGCACUUCCGAGUUUCCUGCCAUUUGAUAUGAGCCCACGUGCUGGAGGUUUCAUAGACGGCCGAUUCAUGACAGGCAUACAACCGCAGGAAUUUUUCUUCCAUUGCAUGGCUGGUAGAGAGGGUUUAAUUGACACUGCUGUGAAGACAAGUAGAAGUGGGUAUUUACAGAGGUGCGUGAUUAAACACUUGGAAGGACUUAUGGUACAUUACGAUCUUACAGUCAGAGACAGUGACAAAUCUGUGAUUCAGUUCUUUUAUGGUGAAGAUGGAAUGGACAUCAUGAAGGCCCAAUUUUUGAAUGAGAAACAGAUAGGUUUUCUAGCACAGAACAGUAAAGCUGUUAUGAAUAAACCAGUUUUACAGAAAUGGAAGGAAUUAGAGAAUGAAACACCUACAAAACUUGUCGAAGAAGCUAAAAAGAAUAUUCCCAAAUGGGUGUACAGAGCAGCAAAAUCUGCAACAAAAACUGAGUGGAGAGAAAUAAACAAGGUAUGUCCGAGGACAAUAACCUCUCAGUACAGACCAGACGAAGCCUUAGGUGCCCUAACAGAACGCAUGGAAAGUCUUAUUUUGCAUUAUUUGGACAACAGACCAAGUUGCUCACAUCGACAAAUCAAGAAAAAGGAAAUAAAGAAUAUGAUCUACUUGAAGUCAAUGGAAGCACUGUGCCCUCCUGGAGAACCUGUAGGUGUUAUUGCAGCUCAGUCAAUAGGGGAACCAUCCACUCAGAUGACACUGAACACAUUUCAUUUCGCUGGUAGAGGUGAAAUGAAUGUAACACUAGGAAUACCAAGACUGCGUGAAAUUUUAAUGAUGGCUUCCAAAAAUAUACACACUCCAUCAAUGGAAAUACCUUUCCGAACUGGACUGAAAAAUGUUGAAGCAAAAGCUGAAAAACUACGAAGAUUACUGAAAAGAACAACUUUGGCAGAUGUCCUCCAGUACAUAAGUGUGAAAGAUUGUCUUGACAUCUCAAGAGCAAGGCGCAGGAUAUAUACAUUGAAAUUUCAGUUUCUUCCAUAUUCAGCAUACAAGGCAGAAACAAUAAUCAAACCUCACGAUAUUCUACAGUAUUUUGAGAAAACCUUCAUUUCUAACUUAUUCAAUGCCAUAAGGAAGGCAGCAAAAUACACAGGGAAAUUAUUAGGUGUCCAAACAGGUACACGUGGUGGUGGAAAAGACAAAGCAGGUGCUGAAGAUGAGGAGCAACCUGAAGUUGAUGAGGAUGCACAGCGUAUGGCUAAUAUUGCAAAAAGAUCUGCUGUUGGAGAAGAGCAUGAAAGCUCUGAUGAGGAACCUGAGGGAGAUGAUGAUGAUGCUACCAUGGCAAGAUCAAGAGGUCGACGUAAUGAAAAUCAGGAUUAUGAUGAACCUGAAGAAGAGGAGGAAGCUUUCAUUAGGGAAGACUCAGAAGAUGACGGAAUAGAUAAUGAAGGAGCUGAAGAAGAUGCUGUUGAUGGGGCAAAUGAAGAGGAGGCAGAUGAUGAUCAGGUCAAGGAGUCAAAAACCACCCCCAAUUUUAAAAUCGAUUCUGCAAGUAUUGAACAGAGACGAGCAUCUGUCAUUGGAGCAAAUAAUUUUGUUAUGGAUUACACAUUUGACACUGUACACGAAUCAUGGUGUGAACUAAAAUUUGGGAUUCCAUUAAGUAUCAAGAGAGUUAAUUUAUCAAACAUUUUGAAAACAGAGGCCCCAAAGGCUGUUGUGUGGGAAGUUCCAAAUAUCAAACGGGCAUUUACAUUUGUUGCUCCAGACACACAGAGGCUGAUACUAAAGACAGAUGGAAUGAAUAUAGAAGGAAUAGCAAAAUACGACAACAUUUUGGAUUUAAAUCAUCUGUAUUCAAAUGACAUUUAUCAAGUUUCACAGAAAUAUGGCAUAGAAGCAGCCAGGAUUAUCAUAGUAAAGGAAGUAAAGGAUGUUUUUAAAAUGUAUGGUAUUGAUGUAGACAGUCGGCAUCUUCUUUUGGUUGCUGAUUAUAUGACAUUUGAUGGAACAUUUAAACCACUUAGUCGCAGAGGAAUGGAAGAUAGUUGUUCACCGCUACAGCAGAUGUCUUUUGAGUCAUCAUUAAACUUCAUCAGGCAUGCUGCUUUGCAAGGUAAACGAGAUGAACUGGAGUCUCCAUCAUCCCGCAUCAUGGUUGGUCGUCCAUGUCGAUCUGGCACUGGUGCCUUCUCCUUACUACACAAAUUGGACAUUCCUGAAGAUUUUACUUUGUGAUUUUUUGUUGAUAUGUUAUCACUUGUCAAGUAGUUGUGAUUUCCACCAAUUUGACACAGUCUACAGAGUGUGAUUUUAUCUUCUGUGUAUUCAUGCAGAAAAUACCAUGAAAAUACUGUAUACAGUUGCUGUUUUUGUACAAACUAAACACAUUGUACAUAUUACUUCUGUAAAUAAAUAUGUUUUUGUAUUUGAAUAA